UGAGGCUACAGCUAUACGCUACGAGUUUAACUAUGGUUCUGCGGAAAAACCGGCAUGACCAGCAAAGAAAUGUGUUUACUCCUCGGAGCGACCGGUGUUGGAAAGACGUUGUUGCUCAAACGUCUACAAAAGUUUAUCGUACAUGGUUUAGAUGAAUUGGGGACACCACCUUCAACUCUUCCCACAGUAGGAACCAAUCUGACAGAUCUAACCGUGAAGAAGAAGAAGGUGACUGUGAGAGAGCUGGGAGGCUGCAUGGGCCCUAUAUGGCCCAGUUACUUCAAAGACUGCUCCUCUGUCAUUUUCAUGGUGGAUUCGGCCAACAUUGCUCAGAUAUCCUCCUCCUGUAUCCAGUUGCUGUCAGUACUGUCAGCUGAGCCUCUGAGCAAGGCCUCUGUGCUUAUUCUCUUCAACAAGAGGGACAUGCCUUGCACUAUGAGCCUUAUAGAGAUAAAGUCACUGUUCAGGAUGGAUGACAUUGUUGCAUCUGCGACUCAGCCAAUCACAACACUGGAAGUCAGUGCCAGAUCUGGAGAGGGACUUAAAGAGGUGAUGAGCUGGCUGGAGUCCGUCACAGUCAAGUGACAUACGCUUACUGAUUACUUCAUUAGGUACACAAUUACUCUUUCAUGCAAAUAUCUAAUCAGCUAAUAACAUGGCAGUAACUGAAUUAGUUUAAGCAUUGAAACAUGGUAAAGAUGAUCUGCUGAACCGAGUUCUCUGGGUUCUCUGGCCUUGUUGUUGUAGAUGAUCAGAGGAAAAGGAGACCAGAGGGGCUAAGAACAGGAAACAGGCUAUAGUUUGCACAGGCUAACCAAAGUUAGACAUCAAAGAAUUGAAAAAUGUUGCCUGGUCCAGUGAGUGUAAGUUUCUCCCAGCAAUUUGGAUGGUAUUGUUACAAUUUGGCAUAAAUAAAAUGAAAGUAUAGAUCCACGCUGCCUUAUAUCAGAGGAUCAGGCUGGUAGUGGUGUAAUCGUGUGCCGGAUAUUUUCUUGGUACCCUGCACCCAGCAGGAUAACGCAGUAUGUCACAAAGCUCCAGUCAUGAACUUGACAAUCAGUUCACUGUACUCAAAUGGCCACAAGAGUCACCAGAUCUCAAUCCAGUGGAGCAACUUCAAAGUCUGGUGCAAACUCACACCAUGGUUGUGCAUAUGACAGAUCUGCAGCAAAUACAUAAGACUGUCAAGUCAGUAUGGACCAAAAUCCAAGGAAUGUUUCUAGCACCUUGUUAAAUAGAAUUAAAACAGCUCUGAAGGAAAAAUGGGUCCAACCCUGAACUAGUGAGGUAUACUUAAUAAAGUGGCCAGUGACUGUGUGUGUGUGCGUGCGUGCCAGUUUCUGUAUUUGUAUCUUAUAAUAGUGAUACUGUUUAUACAAAAAAUGUUCUGCCUUUUGGUCUUUAUCAGCUUAUAUGCUACUCUGUUGAGGUUUUCAUGGUGUGUUUCUCGUGUAAGAGUGUUUAUCUUUGGUAGCACAAAGACAUAACUGUACAUUAGGCAGAGUGAAGAGGACGAAGUGAUAGUAUAACAGGAUCAAAUGAUUGUCUCAUUUGCAAAGGUCUUACUUUCAUGCAUUUGUUAUUCGACGCAGAGUGGGAAUCUGAGGUAUUCCUGAUUGAUACUGUCACUUAUAAGAGUUCCUGUUUUCUGUUAUGGCUGUUUUCCAUGGCUGUAAAUCACGUGAACUCUGUCUGAAAUUAAAAAAAGCUCUUUCACUUCAGAUUUAAUAUUAAAAAAAAAAAAAGAGUAACAACUCUUAUAGAACUUUAUGAAGAUUUUACAGAAUAUUUUCUCAUGUAAGGCAUUCAGUAUUUAUCUUUGUAUAUGUUUUUUUCUUAAUGAAAUUUGGAUUUUGUGUAUGAACUUUGUUUUCAGUGUAUGUGGAUGUUAUGUUUUAAUUGAGAGGAGCAGUUUUUUGUGUUUCUUUUUUGGCUUAUUGUCACUUUUUUCUGUUUAUUCUGGUAGUGGUGUAAUGUAAGAAGAGG